AUGGAAACCGUAGCACAACACUUUCAAUAUACUGGAGAACAUGUUAGUGGUUUUGUCAAAUAUAUAUCAUCCUUAUCAAAUAAUGGUAAGAAAUAUCAAAGUUUGAUGGAAUCGACCCUCAAUACAUCUUUAGUUAAUAGUCCUUACACUCUCGAGAGGAUAAACAUAGAUCCUAGAGAUUUUAACACCCCUGACAAUUGGAUUCCUCGUUAUCGAGAGUUGAUUAGAUUGAUGGAAAAACAUCUAUUCAAUUCUGAGCCUUCGUUAUCAAUGCUGAUGCAAAGUUUUAUUACCCCUACACUAUUGCACUAUGUGAGGAAUCAUGAAUCGGUACCUAAACUUUAUUGGGAUAUAUAUUGUCUGGUUGUUGAUGGAUAA